GGAGUCGUCGUCACGUCCGGGUGACGCCAAGGGAGAGAGGAAGGAGCGGGACUUGGAGAGUGUGUAGUGAAGUGAGAUGGCAGAAUUGUUGCUGUGUCUCACUAAUGCCAAUAUUUCUCUUGGACAAGCUAUGGACGCUGAAAAGAACCCUGGUAUGGGGAAAGACUUUGAGAGUGUGGAGCUUGGGGACCUGAGUGUGGGCCAGUCAAAAGUGCCGGUCAAAGUGCCACGCAGGACUAUAUACUUUGCCAGUGGAGAAACCAUGGAGGAGUAUAGCACUGACGAAGAGGAGGAGGAAGAGCCCGCUAAGAGGAACCAUAUGGCAACCACAGACACGUCUAAGUUGACUUGGGGUCCUUACUUCUGGUUCCACAUGUGGAGGGCAGCAACUUCCACCAUCUCAGUUUGUGACUACCUGGGAGAGAGAAUGGCCUCCCUAUUUGGCAUAUCUUCUCCCAAGUACCAGUAUGCCAUCGAUGAGUACUACCGGAUGAAGAAGGAGGAGGAAGAGGAGGAGGAAGAUAACCGGCUGUCCGAGGAGGCAGAGCGCAGGUUUAAGGAACAGCAAAACCAGGAGGACCAAUCACCGGCCACGGAACAGCCGGAGGGGACUGCCUCAUUCGUUAACGUCACCUUUGAGUUGGAGCCAGAGCCCAAUCAGACCACACCAGAAGGCCAGAGAGUUCCCGCCCCCAUCCCUUCCUCCUGAGACAUUCGUUUGAUUAUAAUUUGAAUCUUAUGAUUUCUAUUAAACAGGCGUCCAGGAAUAGUUCAUGUCCUUAUGCUUUGGACAUCCUUAUUUUUAUUUUUUCCUAAAAUGGCUUACUAAUUAUAUUCCUAUUUUUUAUGGUUACAUCCAUGAAGAUAUGAUGCAAGUAUGCAGAUGUAUGCAAAAUAACAGCUAUUUUUAGUUGCUGAAUUAUCACAAAAACAUGAAUGUAGCUAUUUGUGUAUAUAUAUGUGUGUGUGCGCGCGUGCAAUGAACAUCACUGUGUCAAUGGAACUAGUAAUUGCCAGUGAAUGAGCACAGUGGAUGGUCCUUUGAUGCUAAUAAGUUGCUGAUUUAGAAAAAUACCAAUUUAUUUUAUUUAGGUACGUGACAAUGUAUUUUCUUCAAGGGUAAACAGUUGUCAGAUAUGGAAUACUGUAUGUGGCCUUGUGAAAAUCCUCUGCAUAUACUUGAGAUAUUGGUGGCAUUUCAAAAAGAUAGUACUAUGCGAUGUUACUGAAUUAUAAAGGAGAAUCUUUUCCUCAAGCACCAUAUGUCCUAAUGGAAAGGUGAGUCAUGCAGCAGAGUUAGCAGAGCUAGGGAUAACCUAGAACCCCUGUACUUUACUUGUGAAUUGAUGUUAAUGGAUAGAUGAACCAGGACACUGUAGUCCUGUUGUCUGGGCUUGUAAAAGUACUGUUAUCGAUAUACUCUGUAUGAUUCCUCUACCUACUUAGGGAAGUCAGAUCAAUGCAAAAAAAUAUAGGGAAGUCAGAUCAAUGCAAAAAAAAUAUAGAAAUGUAUCACAGGGAUUGCAAAAUACCUUUUCUAUUGGUAGAAAUGAUUUUUAUUACAACAUUGGUAUAAAAUAUGUGAGAUGAGUGUAUAUAUAUAUAUACUGUACAUAAAGACAUUUAAUCAAACUGU